AAUCGAGUGCUUUAAACGAACACCUGUAUGCGAAACUGCGCAGUACCUCAACGUGCCUCAUAUAAGCUGCACCAGAAGAGACAAACAGUAUUUUCACUGCUGUGCAAACUAAUCCAGACGCAGGGAUUCAACGAUGAUUACAGGACGUCCGCUAGCCGUUCUAUUUUCCAUGUUACUGCUGGCGUACGCGCAGCAAUGCCCAAGCAACUACUCGCCUCGCUGUCCUCCCUUGAAUGACAUGGUGAGCACGUGCCAAUUUAAGGAGCCCUGCACGGAAAAAGAGUGCAAGACACAAGGAAAGCUGUGCUGCAAGGCGAUGGCCUGCGGUGGCUGCGCCUGCGUGGAUGCUGUGGACGAGGCCUCAAGAGCUGCAGUGGUGCCAAAUGCUUGUCCAAACUUCUCUCCGCCCAUAGACGGCUGCGAGGAUCAAACUCCAGCUAACGCAACCUGUGAAAGCCUCAAGUGCAAAAGCAGUGGAAAGAUUUGCUGCAGCGGCCCUUGUGGAGACCCAUUCUGCGCGUAGUGAGCGCUGGUACUAUGUUGCUGACCACACUGUGGUCAUUAAAGCCGAGACCAAAAUGUGAGAAAAUAAAAACCCACCUUU